GUGACGUGUAGUGUGUGCGACAGUGACACUGCUCAGUUGCCGCUCAGACAAAAACAAGAGAGAGACAGAGAGACAGAGAGAGAAGGUGGAUCAGAGAUGAAGUCUGAACCGGAUCCUCCAGGAUCUGGACCUAAGUCAGUCAGAAGAUCUCCUCGUCCGUCCCCUCAGAAUGAAGGAAAGGAGACAAGAAGAGGAGGAGAGAGUCUCAAGGAGAUGAAGAGGAGAGGAAAGGUGGAUAGAAGCAGAGAUCAGAUGGAGGACGAGCUAAACAACAGACUGAAGACACUGGACCUGUCCAGCAGAUCCUCAGUCAGUGGUACUGGUCUUGUUUACUCUGACAUCUUCACUCAUCAUCAGAACCUGUGGGAACCAAGUCAUGUAGAGAGUCCACACAGAGUGACGUCCAUCAUGAAGGAGCUGGAGACACAAGAGCUGCUGUCUCACUGCAUCAGAGUGGAGCCCAGAGAAGCUACAGAGGACGAGCUGCUUCUCGCUCACAUGAAACCUUAUGUGGACAUGAUAAAAUCGACUCAGACGAUGUCAGAGAGUGAACUACACACUCUGUCUGAGAAAUACGACUCUGUUUACCUGCAUCCUGAGUCCUUCAAGGUGUGUGCCUCGGCGGUGGGUUCGGUGCUACAGCUGGUUGAUCGGGUGAUGACCUCUGAACUCAGGAAUGGAUUCGCUGUCAUCAGACCUCCAGGUCAUCACGCUCAGGCCAACGAGCCAAACGGCUUCUGUGUGUUCAACAGCGUCGCCAUCGCUGCUCGCUACGCUCAGGUCAAACACUCAGCCAGCAGAGUGUUGAUAGUGGACUGGGAUGUGCAUCAUGGUCAGGGGAUCCAGUACCUGUUUCAGGAAGACCCCAGUGUCCUGUACUUCAGCGUCCACAGGUACGAGCAGGGAUCUUUCUGGCCUCACCUGGCCGAGUCUGACGGGGGGUUCGUGGGCAGUGGACGAGCUGAAGGACUAACCAUGAACCUGGCCUGGGACAAGACGGGGAUGACUGAUGCUGAUUACAUCACUGCUUUUCAACAACUGUUGCUGCCGGUCGCCUACGAGUUUCAGCCUCAGCUCGUUCUGGUCUCUGCUGGAUUCGAUGCUGCAGCCGGAGAUCAAAAGGGGGAGUGUGUGAGUCCUCAGUGUUUCCAUGUUCUGACUCACUUGUUGAUGAGUUUGGCUGAAGGUCGACUCGUUCUGGCUCUCGAGGGAGGUUAUAACCUGCAGUCGACAGCAGAGGGCGUUGCAGCCUGUGUCAGAGCUCUGCUGGGAGGAGCCUGUCCUUCUCUGACUCCGCCCACUGCUACAUCUGACAGUGCCUUGCAGUCGCUCUCUCGGACCGUUAGUGCUCAGUAUCCACACUGGGCGAGUCUGCAGGUGCUUGGAGGCGUCUCAUUGGCUGAGGGCAGUGUCAUCAGAGCAAUGACGGAUGAGCAGAGUACGGAGUGGCCCAGCUCCGCCCCCUCUGUUGUCACUACAACAGGUCUGGUUUAUGAUGAGAGGAUGAUGGAGCAUCUGAACCUGUGGGACCGACAUCACCCGGAGCAACCGCAGAGAAUCGCCAAGAUCUUCUCUAAACACCAGCAGCUCGGAUUGGUCGACCGCUGCCAGCGGAUACCAGCGCGCCUAGCAACAGAGGAGGAGCUGACCAUGUGUCACAGUAAGCAACAUGUGAAGCUCAUUAAAUCGUCGUCGGUGAUGAAGUCCAGAGAUCUUCAUAAACUUGGAGAAGAGUUUAAUUCGAUUUUCUUCAACAACCAGAGUUUUCAUUCUGCUCAGCUUGCGGCCGGAGGCUGUUUUACUGUGGAGAGAAUCCUGAGAGGAGAGGUGAGUAACGGCGUGGCGAUCGUGCGACCUCCUGGACAUCACGCAGAGACAGACUCUCCAUGUGGCUUCUGCUUCUUUAACACGGCAGCGCUCGCCGCUCGCCAUGCCCAGAAAAUCUCCCAUCCUGCCCCACUGAGAGUCCUCAUCCUGGACUGGGACGUUCACCAUGGCAACGGGACACAACACAUGUUCGAGGACGAUGACAGCGUCCUGUACAUCUCCCUCCAUCGCUAUGACAACGGGAUAUUCUUUCCAUCGUCAGAGGACGCCGCCCCAAACCGAGUGGGUGUGGCCAAAGGGGCAGGGUUUAACGUCAACGUGGCGUGGAGCGGAGGACGGAUGGGCGACUCUGACUACCUCGCUGCUUUUCAUCACGUUGUCAUGCCGAUAGCUACCGAGUUUAACCCCGGUCUGGUCCUGGUGUCGGCCGGGUUCGAUGCAGCGCGGGGUGACCCGCUAGGCGGAUAUCAUGUGACCCCUGAGGGAUACGCCCACCUCACACACCUGCUGAUGUCACUGGCCGGGGGGCGGGUCCUCCUCGUACUGGAGGGAGGUUACAACCUGUCGUCCAUCUCUGACUCCAUGGCGUUGUGCACCAGCAUGUUGCUAGGAGACCCUCCUCCAUCCCUUGUGACCCCACUCCCCCCUCCUCAUCACUGCGCUGUGGCAACAAUCAUCGAGGUCAUCCGACACCACGCCCCCUACUGGAGGUCCUUGAGGAUAAACAUCCCAGAGUCUGUGCGGGCGUCUCUGCCCUCCCUGAAGCAUCGUGGGAAACGUAGUUCGAAAGGAAAAGGCAGAAAGUCAGAGCAGAGCGGCACAGACAGACCCCCGCUGCCCCCUGCAGGAGCGAAGGACUUAAUGGCGGAGCACAGUCUUGACCAGCUCACUCAGGGAUUGGCCAGUUUAGACAUCAGUCACACUUCAGUCAGUCACACGCCUGCAACGUCCACUCCAGUGGGCGGGGCCAGGUCGAAGGUCCGGCCCAGCCCGGAGGUCACUUGUGAGGGUGAAGUAAAGGCGGAGUCCAGCAGUGUAGCCGUAUGUGAGCAGAACCAAUCAGCAGACAGCACACUGCCACAGACUCAGAUUGUUGUUGGAGACGAGGCUGCUGGAAGAGCGGGGGGGGAGCUUGAGGCAGCGGGGGCGUGUGGUUGGUCGAAGCCUCAGAUGUGUGUGGAGCUGACGUGUGGAGGAGGAACAGACGAAUCGUCUCUAUACGUGGUCGACCCUCUCUCCUGGUGUCCUCACCUGGACUCUGUUAAGCCCCUCCCCUCCUCAGGUAUAAACAUCUACAUGCCGUGUCAGGACUGUGGCUCUGAAGCUGAGAACUGGAUCUGUCUCACCUGCUACCAGGUGUUGUGUGGUCGUUAUGUUAACGAACACAUGGUGACUCACGGGGUCGUGUCUGAACAUCCUCUGGUCCUGAGCUUCUCGGAUCUCUCUGUGUGGUGUUACCGGUGUGAGUCCUACGUCCACAACCAGGUUCUGUUUGAAGCUAAAAAUGCUGCUCACUGUGCGAAGUUUGGAGAAGAGAUCCCUCCAUGGAGCUGAGAGGAGGAGGAGGAAGUGAAGAGAAGCAGAGGACGUGAAGACGAGGAGGGAUGAAGGAGAGGAAGACGAGGGAAAGAGGAGAUGAUGCCGUAUUUGUAUUUCGGUCUCUUCUUUCAGGAGCAUGUUUGGACAUUUAAUUAUGUUGCCAUGGAUACCAUCAACAGUGGUGCUUUGUGGAAAACGUAGUUGAAAUCAGCGACGGCUACGUUGUUUCACAGCUGCACAAAAAGUCACAAAAACAAAAGAAGAAAAAAAGUGAUGUUUUAUCUUUUGAACUGCAGAUAUUCAUCAGCACCAGGUUGUCGGUUCAACCCCUGAAACUGACCAACCACCAGCGGACCUUUGGUGUUUUAUUCUGAAAGUUCAUUGGACAAAAAUGUCGUCUUUGUUGAUGAUGUCACAGAGGUCAAGCCCAGAACAAAAUUUUUAUUUUUUCAGUUUGAGUUUUAUUGUUGUUCUUAAUGUUUGUAACGUUCUUUUAACUGAUGAACACAUGAUCAGAACACGUCAUUAAAAGCACAGAUAUUCAUAUUCAUACUCACGUAUCCACAGCAACGAAACGUUAUAGUAACGUUGGUAUCGAUCAUUUAAGUUUGACAUUUUAGUUUUCUUCUUUUAUAGAAAAAUGUAAACUCUACUAAAGACUCCGAUUUAGUGACAUCUAGUAGUGAAGCUGCAGACUCCAACCAACUGAAUAUACAAAUAUAAUUGGUUAAAACAUCUUGUCUUAUAAUAAAAACAUUAUAAACACUGGUUUAUAUCAUAUCACAUGUAAUCAAAUAAAUGCUGGAGACACGUUUUUCAGCAAGUU